AUGACAGCAGCGACCGAGCGGCUCGGGCUCUCGACGCUGCGGUCUGUAGCCGUCCAGUCAACGCACAUCCAGCGUGUCCAGCUCCUGAGCUCCUCUCGGCGCAAGCCUCCAUCCCGUAGCAGCUUCGUGCUGGCGUUCCGACGACGCUGGCAGUGGCCAUGGCAAGUGAAGCUGUGGCUGGUACUGGUGCUGGGCUUUUUGUAUGGCGUAACGUAUUGUGGAGCCCCUGCAGCCGCCCGUGCGAGCGUUGUUGGACACAAGCAGGCCACUGUUUUGGUACCGUUUAAAGACCUCUACAUUGUCUUGGUGAGCAUUCCUGUGCUGGACAAGAUGCUGCCGCUCAAGCACUUGGCCGAGACGUUGCUGUCCCGUGGGGUUCGCGUGGGGUUCGCGCUGCCUGAAGACUGUCGCCAAUGGGCGGGUGAUGUGGAAGGACUCGAGUUCAUUUCUCUGGGCAGUAUCUCGAGCACAGACCGAGCGGCUGUGGUGGAUCCGAAGGACUUGCAACGUGUCGGCGUGUACGAGAAUCACGUCAAUACGCUGCGGUACUAUGCGUCGUUCCAGCGACCAAUGUUUCGACCAUUGCACGAACACCUCGACCGCGAUCGACCGGAUCUUGUGGUAGUAGACCGAUACACGUUUGCUGGCUUUGACGCUUGCCAUCAGCUGGAGCUGCCCUAUGCUGUGAACGAUCCGCACUUGUUGUUGGAUAUCGACUCGCCCCCUGCUUACAUUCCCGCACCGUUUUCCGGAUAUACUAUGCACACGUUGAGUGUGCUUGAACGGUGUUUGAACAGCUACUAUCGACUGCGUUUUCGGCUAGGACUAGUGAAUGCGUACAAGGGAAUCAAUGCCGUGCGGCGAGAACAUGGACUCAACGCUAUUGAGAGCAAACAUCAAAUGCACGGCCAGGUGCUCGUACUAGUAAAUUCGAUUUUUGGACUGGAUGAGGCGCGUCCGAUGACGCCUCAAUUCCAAAUGGUAGGCCUCUUGCAGUCGCCCAAGCUGCAGCGUGCACGCGCAGAGACUGAGGGCAUUUCUACUAGACAAAGCAGGUUUCCAGCGUCACUGACGGCCUGGUUAGAGACGCCACGGCACCAAGACAAACCAUUGAUCUUCAUCAGUUUUUACACUGACGUGCCUUCAACCUCCGAGUCCUUCACAACUAUCAUGAACGCACUAGAAACCGUGCAUGCCCGGCUAUUGUGGAAGACGACAGCGAAAGACAAGGCAGCGUUCGACCUGCGCACACGUCCCCGCGAUUCGGUGUUGUUUCUCAGUGAAGGACUGGAGGAUGCAGUGGUACUUGCACUUGUCCCCGGGAUAGAGCUGUUCAUCACUGCAGGAGACUUUCAGAGUAUGCAAGAAGCCCUCGUCGUGGGCGUGCCCAUCUUGGGCCUUCCUCACUCGGCCGAGCAGGCGGAAGGUGUGAACGCUGUUGUGCGAGCGGGUGCUGGUCUUCAACUGGAUGAGAAAACGCUGUCCGAGAGCAGUAUCCGCCUGGCAGUGGAUAGGCUGCUAGUUGACGAACAAGAGCACUUCAAAGACAAUGCCGAGCAUGUCGGUGAGCUAGUGAAGACUGGUGGAGGGGUGGAACGUGCUGUGGAUGAGCUGCUGGCCGUGGCUGAAUUCGGGUCUCGUCACUUGCUGCCAAUGUGCAAUCUGCAGCCACUUUACAGGACGUAUCUUGUGGAUGUGUAUCUGAUUUACGGCCUGAUUCUCUGUGGUGCAGCCAUCAUCUUGCGCACAUUCGUGUCGGUUAUGCUGUCCCUGUUCCAGCUUGUUGCUCCGCCUGAGGUGCUCAAAGCGGACGAUCCUGCAGCAAACGGUCGAUCAAGUUGA